AUGUCGAUAUUAGAUACCUUGAGGACACACUUUGUGGGUUCUGGUCUGCAACUGAGGGCCGACAACGUUCCGGCAGCGUUGAGCCUUGUUCUACAACUGGUGUUACUUGUUCAAUAUGUCGCUGCUUAUAACGUAUGGAGCUUCAAGACGUGGAUAGUGGAGCAGUCGGUAGAUUCGAGGCCCAGCAAGUGGGCUAUCGGCACGGUGAGCAAAACACUCAUAUGGAUUCCUUUAGUGGGGGAGCGUUUGACAGAGAACCUAGAACAUGUUGUCUGCAGUAUAAAGCUGCGCGUGCUACCGCCGAUGAAGCGCGUCGAGGAGCGCCUUGAACUGUGCUAUCAGGUUGCUCUCGCCGAUCUGACUUUUCGGCAUGGCAAUGUCAGACUGCUUGUCACAGGAGAUACAGAGGGCUUCCCCACCGCUGUAACAAAUAAACGGUCGUCGUUAGUCAUUGCAAACCACCGCUCGGUCAUGGACUACUCUCUGAUAAACUACCUCGCCCAAGGAGAAGAGCGUGUGGCUGCUCGCCAGAAUUUCUGGCGGUUAUUCGAGUCAAAAGAGACGGAUACCAUGUUGGGUCUCAAGUUUGUUACUUGGGGACGAGUGUGCAAUAUGCCAUCGUUGAGGCUCCUCAGUAGCAUCCUGGCCGGAGACGAGAAUUGCGCAGUUGAUGCUGCGCGGUUGCAAGAAUUCCUUGAAGACAGAGGCAAUCAAAUCCUUGCCGUCUUUCCCGAGGUGAACGUACUGACGCCCGAGCUGCGGCUAGUGCAGAGGAAACUCGCGAAGGACAACUACUUGCCGAUGCUAAACAAUGUACUGUACCCCAGGUUCAAGAAUUUCAAGGCCGCCAUUCGAUGCUUGUCCCACGUCCGGGGCGUUGGAAUAGCACGAAGAGGCCGCCGGUUGAGAAACGCCGUGACGAAGGCAGACAGCAUGGUGUGCAAGAUAAGACAUCCCGGGUCUCGGAUAAGCGAUACGCAGAUCGCACAGGUGAGCAUGUUUCUGGGCCGGGUCGAGGAUGAUGAGGCUUUGGCCAAAAACAAGAAGAAGUUGAAGCCCACGCAGAGGGCGCUUCUAAGCGUGGACCCCUUUGUGUGGGAUCUUACGAUUGUCUACUAUCGAGCCAAGAUAUCCAAGGGCAAGGAUCACGCGCAUCUCCAUGAGCAGGAGCAGAAGCGGUUGGAGGAUGGCGCCCACUACCAGCUGGAACAAGUGACGCCAUCCUUUCUGCAGAUGGCGAGCUCUAGCUUCCAAGACUCGCCGCUUUUGAUCCGGAUUCACACUUGCAAGCACCCGAUGUCCAAGCUGCUGGCACUGAGCGACCGGAAGCUAGAGAAAUGGCUAGAGAGAAGAUGGAUGCAGAAAGAUGAGAUGAUCGACAGUAUACAGAAAAACGUAAAGAUUAGUUAA